CUGCAGAAUAAGCAGAACUCUCCCCCUCCCCCAAAUCAUUUACCCUAAUCAUCAUCAAACACUUCCAUAGGCGAAAUUUCUGCAGAAGCAAGUGUGAAGUAGCCAAACUCUUCUUCCAAACUCAACCAAACUCAUCAUUAAACACUAAUUGGUAAGUUUAUCAUUGUUUUUUCAAGUUUUAGAUCUAUUUGAUUAAACUAUAUUAGGGUGUUUAGAAUCUGAAAAAAUGACAUUAAGAUAGCUUAGUACUGAUAUUAGGAUGUUUAGUAGGCAAAAAAAUGGAUUUGGUUUAGGUUUUUGGGUCUGCCAUUGGAGGUUGCAGAGAAGCUCUGCGUGGGGGUGUUUCGGAAGUUCAUUUCCGAAAACACCUCCAUCCCAGUUUUCGGAAAUGAACUUCCGAACUGUACCAGAAGUUCAUUUUUUUUUGUUUUUUCAUUUGUCUCGCAUAUUAAUCGAUUUCGAUUGUUUACAGGAUCAUGUCAGACCAGCCAGCACGCAUCAGACAGGGGAGAGAGUCCCAGACUGCGUCGGCUAGACGCGAGCGGGCGGCGGCGCAUCUGGCGUCGACCCAGGGACGGGGGCAGGGACGGGGACGCCGUGUCCGCGUUCCACAGGACUUGGUGGAGAGUUCAUCUGCUUCAGGCUCUAGGAGUAGGCUGGCUCGGGUAUCUUCUUCCCGCCAGCGAGAGGAGGAGGAUGAGGAUGAGGAGGAGGAGGAGGUCAUACCGGAUGUUGACCCUCCAGUCGGGGAGGAGGAGGAGCAGGAGGUGGAUAGCUUUCCGGGAGGGCCUUUUGACACUUCCCUGCUGAUUCACUACCAGGAUCACGUCGCUCGGCGGAUCUGGGAGGGAGAGGAGAGAGAGCCAUUGAAAAUGGUGAACCACUCCAGGAAGAUUUUCGGUCUGUUUAAACCAGCAGCUCAGUGGUUUAACGACCACGUGCGAGGUUCAGGGCUUAGCGGGCUCUGUGGUUUUGACAAGAAAAGGUAG